AUGAUACAUGUCGACAAAUAUAUUUAUUUUUUUGGAUUAUUCUAUAUUCGACAAUUUGUUAAUCUUGAAUCAUUAAUAUUAAUUGGAAAUACUGAACAAGACUUUAAUGAAGUGAUUACAAAAUUAAAUCUUCUUUCAAAAUUAUCCUAUUUAUCGAUUAAACUUGUACAUGGUUUACUACCUAAAAUAACAGUACCAUCACUGAAAUAUUUAUCAAUUAGUAUGUAUUCAAUGUAUCAGCGAGAACAAUUAUUAUUAUGUACACCCAUCUUAAUAAAUUUAAAUGUGCAAUUAAUUGCUGAGACUACUUUCGUCGACAACGGUUUUCUUUCAACAAAAAUAACAACAGAAAUUUGUCAAUUAAAAAUUGAACCUGUCGAAAAAUCCAAUAUAGUAUUUGAUGAUAUUAAAGUAUUAUUUUGUAUGAAUACCGAAACUAAAAAUAUUUACAUUUAUCGCAGCAAGAAGAAUCCAAUUUAUUCGUUGUGUACAAUGGAAACAUUUAAUUCAUAG